GACAUGCUUUUACAUGGAUUUUGUAUCCACAGUGAGUCACAAAAAAAAAGGGCCAAGCAAGACACUCGAUUGGUCACGUGCUACAUAUUUUUCUUUGUCAUAUUAAGGUUGUCAGAUCGAGGUACUUCUUAGCCAUUCUUCUCAACAUGCCUUCGCAAUCAGUAGAUGCAUCAGCGCAAGAGCUGUCCCAGCUUCAGCUGAAUACCGAAUAUCCAACCAUUAACAACAAUGCUCUUAGAAAGAAGCCUUCCAACGGCAAAGUUCUUCCCAAGGAAGGCGAGAGAAACAUGCUCAUUACUUCAGCAUUGCCCUAUGUAAACAAUGUUCCUCACUUGGGUAACAUUAUCGGCUCCACUUUGAGUGCAGACGUUUUCGCCAGAUACUGCCGUGCACGUAACUUCAACACUUUGUAUAUUUGCGGUACCGACGAGUACGGAACUGCUACGGAAACUAAGGCUCUCGAGGAAGGCGUUUCAUGCCAAGCCCUUUGCGACAAAUACCACAGUAUCCACAAGAGCAUCUAUGAGUGGUUCGAUCUAUCCUUCGAUCAUUUUGGCCGAACAACCACCCCUCAACAGACUGAAAUUGCCCAGGAUAUUUUCCUCAAGCUUCAUGCCAAUGGCUUCACAUCUGAAGCUGCCAUGACCCAAUUGUAUUGCGAAAAGUGUCAAAGAUUCUUGGCUGACCGAUAUGUUGAAGGUACCUGCCCACUUUGCAAAUAUGAGGAUGCUCGUGGAGAUCAAUGCGAUCAGUGUGGACAUCUCUUAAACGCCAUUGAGCUUGUUAAUCCUCGCUGCAAACUUGAUGGCAACAAACCCAUCACUAAAGAAUCAAAGCACUUGUUCUUGAACCUCGAUCAACUUCAACCGGAAAUCGAAGAAUUCGUCAACAAGUCAUCAGCAGAAGGAAAGUGGUCUAGCAAUGGUAUUCAAAUCACACAAUCAUGGCUUAAGGAGGGCCUCAAGGCGCGCUGCAUUACUCGCGACUUGAAGUGGGGUACUCCUGUCCCCGCUGAAGGGUUCGAAAACAAGGUGUUUUAUGUUUGGUACGAUGCUCCCAUUGGCUACCCCUCUAUUACUGCCACCUAUACCCCAGAAUGGGAGACCUGGUGGAAGAACCCCGAAAACGUCAAAUUGUACCAGUUCAUGGGUAAGGACAAUGUGCCAUUCCACACUGUCAUUUUCCCCGGUAGUUUGACCGGUACCCGAGAAAAGUGGACUAUGCUUCACCACAUCAGCACAACCGAAUACCUCAACUACGAAGGCGGCAAGUUCUCAAAAUCACGUAACGUCGGUGUGUUUGGUAAUAAUGCUCAGGAUACGGGUAUCCCCGCCUCGGUUUGGCGUUACUACCUUCUCUCCUCUCGACCGGAGACCAGCGACUCCAUGUUCACCUGGAGCGAGUUCAUCACCAAGAACAACAGCGAGUUGCUCAACAAUGUUGGAAACUUCGUCAACCGUGUCAUUAAAUUUGUCUCAUCAAAGUACGAUGGUGUUAUCCCCGAUGGCGAUCUUUCUGGAGAUUCUGAAGUUCAACUUUUCAAGGAUGUAAAUGUCCUUCUCCGCCAAUACAACGAGACUUUGGAAAGUGUCAAAUUGCGACAAGGUUUGGCGAUUGCUAUGAGCAUUUCCGCUCGUGGUAACCUUUACCUCCAAGAAAACAAGAUUGAUAACAACCUAUUCAACAACCACCGUGCCAAGUGCGACUCUGUCAUUUAUGCCAGUAUCAACCUCAUCUAUCUUCUAUCUGCUGUUUUCUACCCAUACAUGCCUGGUACCUCUGUAGGCAUCUUGCGCCAAUUGAAUGCUCCAGAGCGUGUCAUCCCUGAUGAAUUCACUGCAGACAUUCUCCCUAGCCACAAGAUUUCCAAGCCCGAAUAUCUUUUUACUCGCAUUGAUGAGAAGAUGGAGAAGGUCUGGAAGGACAAGUAUGGUGGCAAUGCUCCCAAGACUGAAGAGAAAAAGAAGAAGUCAAAGAAGCAACCCGCCGCUCCAGUGUGGGAAGGUCCUAAGCCCGAUGAAUUGGUUGCACUUGACAAGGCUGUUGACGAACAGGGAUUGCUUGUGCGAAACUUGAAGGGAGACAAGACUUCCGAAAAGGCAAAGGUCGAUGAAGCCGUCCAGAAGCUACUCGCUUUGAAGUCUGAGCAAACUUCUCUGAUUACCAAGCUUUUGGCCGAGAAGAAGUGAAUUAUAGAAAAUACUUUACGUGUAGUGUAAUAAAAGCUGAGAAGUUUUAGUAAAAAAAAAAAAAAAAAGACUGGGAAAUAUUUUUAUAUAAUUCGUGCAUGAUUGGGUGUACUCCCCCGUCAUUA